AUGCGUGAGAUAGUUUUUCCCAAAUGUUCUUAGGCGAUACGCCAUUAAACGCCUCUCGCUUUCAAAGCUCGGGAAGCUCUUCUGCGCUUUCUUGGGUUCGGUUCUGCCAAGUUCCCAAGCCACAAGGCAGAGCUGGAUGCAGGGAAAUCCAGCGGACACCCUAGCGCGCGCGCGUGCGCGCGCGGGCCCGCGCGUCCUGCGGGGGCGGGGACGUGCCUCCGCGUGACCGCCCAGCCCGGGCUGGCUUUCCCGGCUGGCGUUCGCUCAGUUCCCGCCACAUUUUUAAGUUUCAUUUCCCACCGCGAAUGCCGGCUCCUCCUCCCGCGCGGCCUGUUCCCGGAGCCGGUCUCCCUCAGGGGAACAAGAGAACGCCAGCCAUGGCCCCACGGCGGGGAAAGGCGACGCUGAGAGCUUCGGAAACCGCCUCCGGGGUUUCGGCGCCGGGAGUGAAGGGCGGCGCGUCUGCGGAGCCCAGCGAGCCCGCGGCUGUCCCAGGGGCUGCCCGGCCUGGCGCGCGCAGGUGCGGUCCCGCUGGGGCGUCGGGGUCCGGGAGGAAGAAACCGCAGGUGCGCGCGCGGGCUGCACGCGCCGAGGACCAGGUGGAGGGGCCGGCGGCUCCGACCGCAGACGCAGAGCCUCCCGCGGCCCCCGGGCACCCCCAGCCCAGGGCUACCGCUCGCAGCCGGGCGACCGCGCGCUCCGUUCGGGCGGGGAGACCCCAGUCCGGGGCCCCGGAAGGCCCCGGCCCCGGCCCGCGGGCCCCCGCCCCGCAUCUCGGGCGAAGGGAGGAGGCGCCCGGCGCCUGGAAGCCCCGGGCCGUGCUGGAGAAGUUGAGGCUGAAACGUCAGGAGAUCUCCGAGGCGGCGGAGGUGGUGAACAGGCUGGUGGACCACCUGCUGCGGCGGCUGAACAGCCGUGAGUCGGAGUUCCAAGGCGUCGACCUGCUCCGCUCCGGGAGCUACUACGAGCGCGUGAAGAUUUCUGCUCCUAAUGAAUUUGAUGUUAUGUUCAAACUGGAGGUUCCCCGAAUUCAGCUGGAAGAAUAUUGCAACAGUAGUGCUCAUUGCUUUGUGAAAUUCAAAAGAAAUCCCAAAGGAAGUCCUCUGGAUCAGUUCUUAGAAGGGGGAAUCUUAUCGGCUUCUAAGAUGCUAUCCAGGUUUAGGAAAAUCAUUAAUGAAGAAAUUAAAAAUAUUGAAGAUACUGAUGUCAUUAUGCAGAGGAAGAAAAGAGGGAGCCCUGCAGUAACACUCCUGAUUAGAAAACCUAGAGAAAUAUCUGUGGAUUUAAUCCUGGCUUUGGAGUCAAGAAGCAGCUGGCCCGCUAGCACCCAGAAAGGCCUGCCCAUCAAUAACUGGCUUGGAGGAAAAGUUAAGAACGAUCUAAAACGCCAGCCAUUUUACCUGGUACCCAAGCUUGCAAAGGAAGGAAGUCGUUUCCAAGAAGAAACAUGGCGGCUGUCCUUCUCUCACAUUGAAAAGGCCAUUUUGAAAAAUCACGGACAAUCUAAAACAUGCUGUGAAAUUGAUGGAGCAAAAUGUUGCAGGAAAGAGUGUUUAAAGCUGAUGAAAUACCUUUUAGAACAACUGAAAAAAAAGUUUGCAGACCGAAGGGGCCUGGAUAAGUUCUGUUCUUACCACGUGAAGACUGCCUUCUUUCACGUCUGCUCCCGGAACCCACACGACAGUCAGUGGUGCUACGCGGACCUGGAGCUCUGCUUUGACAACUGCGUGACGUACUUUCUCCAGUGCCUCAAGACAGAGCGCCUUGAGAAUUACUUCAUUCCUGACGUCAAUCUCUUCUCUCGAGACGAAAUUGACAAGCUAAGUAAAGAAUUUCUCUCAAAGCAAAUUGAAUAUCAGCAAAACAAUGGAUUUCCAGUUUUUGAUGAAUUUUGAAAUUUUAUUUUUAGAAAGAAUCCAAGAGUUGGAGUGACUUUAUAAUAAUUGCAAUGUAUCACAACAGUGAUUGACUAAAAUGAAUAUAAUUAUUCAGCCAUCAGUUUGUCUUCAUAAAGUCUAAUCAAUAUAAAAGGAUGGAUUAUUCUAGAAAAGAGAUUAUUUAAUGGAAGCAAAGGAGUAUUUAAGGGUUUCCCUGGUGGUCCAAUGGUUAAGAAUCCACCUGCCAAUGCAGAGGACACAAGUUUGAUCUUCGCUCUGAGAAAAUCCCACAUGCCCCGGGGCAACUCACGUGUCACAACUACUGAGCCUGAGCUCUGGAGCCUGCAGGUCGCAACUGCUGAGCCCAUGUGCCACAGUACCCCCUAGAGCCGGUGCUCCGUAACAAGAGAAGUCACUACAGUGAAAAGUCCUCCAGCUACUCGAGAAUAGCUCCCCCUCUCUGCAACUAGAGAAAGCCCUCAUGCAGCAAUGAAGAUCCAGCCAUAAAUAAAUAAGUAAAUCUUUUAAAAACAAAGAAGUAUUUAAAAUAUAAAAGCUUUCUCAGAGUGGGGUGAAAAGAUGGACGAAAUACAGAUCACCUCAAUUAAAUUCAUCAAGCACUUACUGAACAGCACUCCUCACCUAGCACAAAUGUGUGGAAGGUGGCAAGAGACAAUGUUAGAAAUGACCGGGUAGAUUUUGUUGAACAUACGAAUAUAUUUGGAAGCAGUGUCCUGUCCUAUGCGUUAGGAUAGGUUAAGAAGGAAAUGAAAAAAUCGGUUCUGCAUGUCUUGGGAAAUUGAUGAUCUUUUAUAGAAAAAAUAUAGGAUACUUUACUACAUGGCUAAAUAUAAAACAUAACUUGUUUUCUUUUACUUUCAGUAAUACUUUUAUAUGUAUUUCUGAAAAAGCAAUAAUAUACAUAUGGUACAAAUAUACAUAUGGUACAAAUAAUAUACAUAUGGUACAAAACAAGAGUAUGAAAAUGUUACCCUCUCUCCUCUGCGCUCAGGAAGCGUUCAACUGGAGGGAGCUGCUGCUUGUUAACUUUUUUCUAUUCAUGAAUUUUGCACAUUUUCUUAUUGGCUGUUUUAUUGUUUUCUCAUUGUCAUUUUAUUUUGUUGUUAUUCUCAUGUAACGAAUAACUUCUGUGUGGAUUGUCGAUAUCAUUUUUGUGUCUUUUAGUGAGUGAGGUUUUAAAAUUUACUUCUUGAACUUAUCAGUCUUUAUGCUUAUGUGCAAUUUUAUGUAUCUUGUUUAACAACCUAAUGUGUUUGAACAUACUAAUCAUUGGACAUUUGGAGAAGAGUUUCAGUGAUAAAUAAAUAGAAAAUAGUAUGAUAAAUAAAUAGAAAAUUGGGCAAACAAAAAA